AUUUUGAAACUGCUCACUCCAUCUGCCGCCUGAGAACUCUCGUUCGCAAGUAACGGGUUUGUGGAAUCUUGCGGAACCUGAGACAUCAGCUUGCCACACGGCACCGGAAGCGGUUUUGAAGCCAUGGCUGACAUACGGAAUGUCGUGAUUUCCAUGGAUGGAAGUGAUUGUGCUGAUUUUGCCUUUGAAUGGUAUUUGGAGCAGAUACGCAGACCGAAUGACCACGUGAUAUUUGUCCACUGUCCUGAAUACAACGCAAUGUUUGAAGCAGUUUCGUUUGGCAUGGGCGAGGCGACGGUGGAAGGGGACAUGACGAAGAUGUUUGGGAAGGAGGCGAAACGAAUCAAGGAGCUGGUCAACAGUCUUGCAGAGAGGUUGAGAGCAGUCAUGCUCAGUGGAAAAGUGAAGUGCGUCCCCGGAAACCCAGGAGAGGUCAUCCUCAAGGUCGCGGAGGAGGAACACGCUAGCUUCAUCAUCACAGGCAGAAGGGGCAUCGGAGUGUUACAACGCACAUUCCUCGGCAGCGUCAGCGACUACGUCGUGCACCACAGCCCGAUUCCCGUUCUCGUGUGUUGUUACAAACACACUCACUAGCACCGACCGUUUGUGACGAACAGUAUGUUUUGCGUUACUUAAAGAAGGCCUUCUGACGAAGUAACGCUAAUUUGUGGCUCUACAGAACCAGAGUUUUAUCAGUUAUGUUCUGGUAAAAGUCCCAAAUCGAAUUCUCUCGAAAACUAUGUACAUAAUUUGCUAAUAACUUAAUGAAACGCAAAGUCCCGUAUUAUUGUAUGAUUUGUUUGUUUGUUGUUUGACACCGCACUCAGCAAUAUUCCAGCUAUAUGACGGCGGUCUAUAAAUAAUCGACUCUGGGCCCGACAAUCUAGUGAUUGACAUCGUAUACAUCGAUUUAUGCACU